AUGUACACAGAACCGGUACAGAGGCCCUUUAUGGGCCUCCGAACCAGUUCGAAGAUCCACCAGUCCGACGCCGAGCCUCUUUGGCUUCAUUGCAUUUUUCCUCCCCUAGAUCCCAGCCUCCCCAAACCCUCCAUCAAGCUGAGAUCCAGAGAAGAGGGUUCUCCAGGCUGGAAUGUCACCAUCGACUGUCAGGGGCCAGAGGAUGGUCUGACCUUCUCCCUGCACAAAUCAAGGGGCCUGAUAGCAUCAAGGACGGCAGAGCCAGACACAAACACAGCAGCAUUCUCUUUAUUCGUGGUGAGGUUGGAGGACUUAAGGAACUACACCUGCCAAUAUCACCUCAAAGAAAACCCUUUUGUCUGGUCAGAGGCAAGUGAGCCUCUGGAGCUGGUAAGAGAAGGCUCCAUGACAACCAUCAUAUGGGCAAGUUGUGCUGCAGGUCUUCUCCUUCUCCUCCUGCUGUUGCUUGCCUUGGCCUUUGUAUUGCACAGGAAAAGGAAAAAAGGUUCCUCUGUCAAUGAAAUCAACCAACCAGUGAGCAUGUCCCUAGAACCCAAUGCUGAAGCAGACCCUGAUGGAGUCUCCUAUGCUGUACUGAGCCACCAUUCACCGACAGCCAAGACAGCAGCCAAACUUGACAGCAUCCCUGAGUCUUGUGUCUAUGCAACAGUGGCCAAGAACAGAACGAUGGAGGACUGAUAGCAAUCAUUUCCCUGGGAUAAGUGUACUUCUGGGACCUUGGAGUACCCCUUCAUUUCAUGGAUACACAUCUUAGGACUAGUUUCUGCACCCAAGCCUCAAAGCACCAGGGGACCAGGGUGUUGUGAACCAGGUCUCCCAACAGCCAAGCUUCAGAACCUUACCUCCUACACCACCCACGUCCUGGCCGAUCAGUAAGCCAGAGGGACUAAAAUUUCAUGGAGCAAGGGUGCCCUCUGGGGUGCAAUGCCAGUUUGAGCACUGUCAGCUGACUCCAAUCUGGGUGUGGUCAGCUGACCCCUUAACUGUAUAAAACCUUUGCCUCUUGGUCAGCCCAACAGUCUGAGCAACACAUCAGAGUGGCAGUGCAGGCUUGCCUCAUCCUGUUGUUGGAAGAAUUAGAAAUCUAUCAAGCUCAACUCACUGGCCUCCCCACCCCCCUCACUCAGCCUUCCCCAUCCCAGAUACUUGGCAGUGCAGCAGAAGGUCCACUCACACGGCCUUUCCCCCCAGUUCGGCAUCCCCUGCAAAGACUUCACACAGCUGUUUCUCUCCCCCCCCCACUCACCCUUUACUCUCCCCGCUGCUCACCACUCGGCAGAUGCUUUCCACCCCUGCUUGCCGCUCACCCAUUCCUCCCCCCACUCAUCACUCGGCAGUUGCUUUUCCCCACCCGCGCAGCACUUGCAAAGGGCAAGUGGUGAGCAGGGGGAGCAACAAGCGAGCAGCAAGCGGGUGGGGGAAAGCAACCUGCUUUCCCCCCCUGCUCAGCCCUCUGUCCCACAUCCUCCCUGCCUUAAGCCACCCCAUGGCGACGGAGAGGACAGGCAACAACAGGGUGCUGGCGGUGGAAAUGGCGGUGAAAGCUCCUUCCAUGGGCCCACCAAAUUGUACGUUAAAGUCUUGCUCCCACAUUUUCAUUGGUCAUGGCUGCAGCAGGGGCGGGGCUUGCCACGUAUGACCUUAGUUAUUAUAUAUAUAUAGAUCAGAAAACAGAAAUCCCUUCACUUUCUUAACUUACCCAGCCUUGCUUGGCUUGCCCCUGAUUUCUUCUUCUACUACUACUACUUCUCCUAUUACUGCUGCUGCUGCUACUAGUACUACUACUGCUACUAUUACAGCUACUACUACUACUAUAUACUUCAAUAUAUAAAUGUAACAAACAUUUAUAUACUGCUUUUCAACAAAAGUUUCCAAAGCAGUUUAUAUAGAAAAAAACGAAAUAAAUAAAUAAAUAAAUAAAUAAAUAAAUAAAUAAAUAAGGUGGUUCCCUGCCCCAAAAGGGCUCAGAGUCUAAAAGGAAACAGAAGGUAGACACCAGCAACAGCCACUGGAGGGAUAUUGUUCUGGUUUGAAGGGGGGGCAGUUGCUCUCCCCAUGCUAAAUAUGAGAGUCACCAUUUGAAAAGGACAUUCUUGUGGUGAAGGGAGAAGGAUUUUGUCAGGCAAAUACUAUGGAGUGUUCAGGAGGGUAAUUGGCUUCGGGGGAAGUUUAGGGGAAAGUGCUGAUCUAGCCCAGCAUUACUUCAUUUCUUCACUUUGUGGCUGAAGCAAGCAAGCAACACUAGCAUAUACAUUAACGCAAAACUUCAUCUUGUUCUGUUGCCUGUGAAAAGAAUUGGCUUACAGUAAAAAUAAAACAACAACAACAGUUUAGCUAAAAAUUGCUUGUUAGCCUACUUUAUUUAAGGAAAGUCUUGAUGGCACUCAAUCGAUCAAUCGAUCAAUCAAUCAAAGCUUAUGAGACCAUCCAGCUGUGUGUGUGCCCCUGUGUGUGUGCCACCCCGCCCUCCCCUCAACUUUGCAAUGGCUGGACUGAUUUGGACCCAAUUUGGUACAGUGGUAGUGACACAUAGGGUCACCUCAACAGCAUAGUUUGUGAUGAUGUCAUCCACCCCAAUUCAAGAUGGCAGACACAUGACCAGUUGAGGCAGAAGUGGGCUAUCUUGUGAAGCUGGAGAUUAUCAAUUAAGAUUAUAGUGAAAGGAAAGCAGGCAGCUUAGUUCUUACCAGAACCACUUGUGUUUAUACAUGUUGCUUAGAGAUAAGCAUGGAAACUCUUGCCUAGUACCUGAAUUGAGAGAAGAAGAGUUUUAUAGAUGUCAGAAUGCACGCUAUAGAUUCAUCUGGAUGUUAAUUGCCAAGAAGGAAAUUGGGGGGCGGGGUUCAGACUGUAGGACAGUAAUCUGUAACUGGUUGUGCUUUGAACUGUGCAUUUCUUGGAAAGGUCCAUUUUUUUGUUUUGUUUUUAUUUUCCUUUGUCCUCGAUUAUUAAAAUCUUCUGAUGUUCUCUACUGGAGUAACAUCCCAUGUCUAAAGCAUUCCCUUGCUCUCAAGAGCAAUAGAUAUUAUAAGAGGACUAUUGAAGAUAAAUGAUGGCAGCGGAUACGGGAACUAUUACAUCCUACAAUAAAGUUAUUUUGUUUUGGUUCUUUUA